AUGUUUUAUUCAAAAGAAAUAUUAACAAAAAAAAAAUGUGGAUUUGGAAUAAUUUGGUUAGCUUCCACGUUAGGAUCACGUUCUCAUCUUCGUAAACUUUCAAGGAAAGAAAUUAAUUCAGUUAAUUUGGUUAAAGCUUGUGGCUAUCUAAGUUCACCACCGGAACCACUAGCACUUCGAUUAUCUUCUAAUUUAUUGUAUGGAAUUACACGUUUAUAUCAACAACAGUACCAAUUUUAUUACGUGGAUACAAAUAAUUUAUGGCUAAAAUUUCAAAAAGCUUUGUCCGAAUUUCGUAAUGAAUCCGUCGACAUGUCAACAUCAGAGGCAAGACAAGAAGCAAUAACGCUGCGAGAUGAUCCCUAUUUCGAAAUCGAAAUGUUAAUAAAUAAAUCGAAUGAUACAGAUAUGGUUUUUGAGAUCGAAAGACAAAUUGAUUGGAUAUUAUCUUCAGAACAAGAAAUUCCUAACCAAGUUUUGACGAAUAAUCGAAAAAAUGAUAAUAAUAGAUCACGGCGUUCUUUAAUUACUCUCCCGGAAGAGAUUUUCAGUUCAGGUGAUGGUGAAUUUACUCAGUCGUUGUCAACUGGAUUUGGUGGUGGAUUUGGUUUUAGUCUUAACGAUGAUGAUUUAUUAAGAAUAGAAGAUAAUAAUGGUGGUGUUGGCGGAGGAGGAAUGGAAAGAAGUGGCGUAGUAGUUGAUGAGGAGGGAAUAACUGAUGGUUUGAAUUCUGAUACUAUCAAAGAGAUUGAGCAUAGAGUUAGAGACGAACAUAAUAAUGUCGAUCAAUCAAGAGACCACAAAAGGCGUAGAACUGAACUUCAAAUUCAUGAUGGUGUUGAAAAUCAUCAUGAUUUCCAAAAUACUGUGGAAGUAUACGAGCAACAAGGGCAAGAUGAACAAAGGAUUGGACAGGAUGAGAUGGAAGUAGUAAUUGAACCACGAGUUAUUGAUGAAGAAGAAAAUAAUAGAAGGUCAUCCGUCUCGACACAACCGAGACGUCGUCGUAGACGUAGGCUACAAAAUAUGUACGAUGAACCAGCAGAAUUAACAAAUGAACAAAUUCUUCAAAUGCGCGAAAGCGUUGUUGUUGAUUUGGAUAUUGCUGAACAAAAAGCAAGAGAAAAG